AUGAUAAAAAGCAGCAGCUCCCCACCUCAGCAGAAGGAUGUGGAGCCGAUCAGUGCUCUGCGUAUUGCUGCAGGUCAAAACCAGGACAUGAAUGUUUCAUUGGGCGGCAUCGUCACACUCUGCAGAACAAUCAUCAGGCUUGCCUCUAUUGCCAAGGAGAACAAGAAGAGCUGCCGGCGCCUGUGCAACAGAGUCACCGCCCUCCAGUGGGUGAUUCAGUCCAUCCAAAGCCAACGGUGCGUCGCCCCAGGUGUCACCGCUGCGCUCGAAAAUCUGCACCGCACUCUGAGCGAGGCAAAGAAGUUGCUCCGCGAGUGCAAAGACAAAACCAAAAAGUUCAAGAUUUUGAGUCACAGGAGAAAGCUCAAUGAGAUCAGUGAAAGCCUGACCAUUGACUUUGAGCUACUGUCAGGGGUGCUGCAUGUGGACCAGAGGUGUAACGCAGUGGUGCCGGUCACGCCCGAUGAAGAUGAAGACGAGGACGAUGAGGAUGAAGGUGGACCAGUGGGACCAGCUUUGGUUGUGUACUACGAAGAGCUGAUUCUUCACAGCAGCGCAGCUGGAUCCCAUUCCACCGAUCAGACUCCAAUGAUUUCUACACCUGGGUUCCAGUCUGCGCAUCCUGAUGGUUGCUUUCCGUCCUCACGUUGGGAUUUUAGCGUGUGA